AUGGAUAUCAAAAAUAAUGAUUUAACAUUACAAAGUAAUAUUCAAAUUUUAGCUACAAACAAUAAUUUUUAUCAAAAUUCAGUUAAGUUUAAUCUAAAUUCAGAAGAAUCUCUACAAGCCUAUCAAGAUUAUGAGAAUAAUUUAGAAAAUUAUAGCGACCUUGAUUUAACAUUACAAAGUAAUAUUCAAAUUUUAGCUACAAACAAUAAUUUUUAUCAAAAUUCAGUUAAGUUUAAUCUAAAUUCAGAAGAAUCUCUACAAGCCUAUCAAGAUUAUGAGAAUAAUUUAGAAAAUUAUAGCGACCUUGAUAAUAAUUUAGAAGUAGAUAAAUUUGGAAGUGGGUUCGAAUUAGAGGAUAGUUCAGGGUGUGAAGAUGAAUUGGUAUAUAAAUUGAAAAGUGAAGAUGAAUUAGAAGAUUGUGAUGAAUCGGUAAAUAGCUUGGAAAGCAGAAAUAAAUUUGAUGAUGGUGAUGAAUUGAUGAAUUGUUUUGAAAGCGGAAAUGAAGUUGAAAACAAUGAUGAAUUGAUGAAUAGUUUGGAAAGCGAAAAUGAAGUUGAGAACAAUGAUGAAUUGAUGAAUAGUUUGAAAAGCGAAAAUGAAGUUGAGAACAAUGAUGAAUUAGGAAAUAGUUUGAAAAGCGAAAAUGAAUUUGAGAAUAAUGUUGAAUUAGAGAAUAGUUUAUGGAGUGGAAAUGAAUUUGAGGACAAUGAUGAAUGGGAAAAUAGUUUAUAG